AUGCCUCCGGGAAAGUACUCCAGUGCCGCUCUCCAGCCGCCCCCCACUCCGUUGGACUUGAACUACCUGCAUUCCAUGAUCCCGUCCAACCUCUUGGUCAACUCGCCCUACUUCCAGCAGACGCCGUCGUCCGGCGUGUUUCCGGGCCGGGCGCCGUCCGUGGACAGCGACAGCGAAGAAAGCGUGGCUAGCACUGCCAGCAACAGCUUUUCACACCCCCACCACGUCCACCACCACCCCCACCACCAUCCAGGCUACACGGGCUACGGCUUUGGCCUCCAGCCGCCCAUGUCGCCCAUGCCAUCGUCGCCGUACCUUACCCAUCUCAACAACACCUCGUCCUCCAACACCUCCAGCGUGUCCAACCACAACCUCGACCAGUUGAACUUGUCGCGAACCGUCAUUCUCAAGCACUUGGCCGACGACUUGUCGCUCAACGAACUCCUCAACAACGUGGACCUCGGGCCCAUCGAGUACUGCAAGAUGUUCUCCAAGCCCACCCCCAAGCACAUAUUGGAUCAGGAUCCGAACGCUACCCCCAACAUGAAGCUCUGCUACAUCUCGUUCAUCAACUCGAAAAUCUCGAUUCUGUUCCACCUCAAGUACUUCAAGAACUCGGCAAACUUGAACAGUCUCAAGGCUGCGUUGAAAAACUCCACCCAUCUCAAGAUCCUGUUGAACGACACCUCCGCCAACCCAGCCGCAGACCCUUCCUACACCAACAACUCGAAGCACCAGGACUUCAUCAAGUUGAAGACCCUCAACUACAUUCUUGACUUCAAUGCCACCAGGUGCCUCAUGAUCAAGUUCACCAUCAAGGACAUCCCUGUCUCGGAACUGGACGUCGACAGUGCCUCGGCCAUCAAAUCGUUCGUCCUCACCCAGUGCCAAAAGUUUGGUGACGUCGAGGACUUCAAGAUAACAUUGGAGUCCAAAAAACCCGAUCCAGAAACCACUGCGUCCGAAUCGGACAAGAGGGUUACUGGUAAAGUCCUAGUCCAUUUCACAUCCAUCGAUGCUGCAAUCAAAACUUACGAAAGCUAUUUGAGAAGAAUCCAACACGACAAGCAGAGGACAUUGGAUGCUCAAGAUCCAAAUGGUGCAAAGAAGAAGACUAAGGCUAAGAAAGAUGAAAAGAACGUUAACGUGUUGUAUGAUAUCAACUUCUUCAACGUGGCCUUCCACAAAGAUAGGUGUGACAAGACCAUACUAAACAAGCAAACUAAACCUCAUAAGAAAACGCAAAAAUUUUCUGAUAUCCCUGAAGAAAACGAUCCAACUUUCUUCCAAAACUCAGAGGUUCCUGGUACACAGUCGGAACUUGAAAUUGAGAUUGACUCAGAGGAUCCUCUCGCAAUCUCUGUGGAUGCUGACGAUAUAUCAAAAGUAUCUUCAAGCUCGAUUUUGGGUGCAGAUUCUCCAUCUUUGAGCUCUUCCACUCCAUCUCCCGUAUCCGAGCACUCCAAUGCCCAUCAUAAUCAAUUUGCUGGCCAAAGAAGGGAUUCACAUCCAAACUUCAUCCCACCUUCUCCAAUGUUAAUGCAAAAUGGGUACGGCAACACUAGGCAUAGAAUGCAUCUGUUCCAUGAUGUCCAACAAGUACACGGCCAUCCAUAUAUGUUGCCUGGUCCUAACAUGGUUCACGGACACCCAAUGAAUAGUGCCACGCCAAACUAUCCAUUAAAUCCCGAUCCUUACAACGUGGAUAACAGGACUAUUUAUCUUGGUAACCUUCAUCAAAAUACCAGUAUUGAGGAGAUUGCUAACAAUGUGAGAGCCGGUGGCUUGGUGGAAAAUAUCAACUAUCAUCCAGAAAAAAAGGUUUGUUUUAUAACCUUUGUUGAUCCUCAAAUUGCCCUCAAAUUCUAUUUGAACCAUCAGGUUUUGCAUCAGUUAAUCAUUCACGGGCAUGAUAUUACUGUUAGUUGGGCUAAAAACCAUAGCGGACCAAUUAACAGGGAUAUUGCAUUGGCAGUUACCGCGGGCGCAUCGAGAAACGUGUACAUUGGAAUCAAACUCGUCAAGGAUGAAAAUGGAAACCCAAUCAAUAGCAAUGGUGGUAACAAGAGCUCUUUAAGAUUGCCCAACGAGUCUACUUUAAGAAAAGAUUUCUCACUUUUUGGAGAGAUGGAACAGAUCAACUUUUACCACAACAAGGAUUGUGGAUUUUUGAAUUUCUUGAACAUCAUGGACGCUAUCAAGUUGGUAGAGACUUUUGAGCUCGAUGCUACUGGUGCUAAAACAAGAUUAUCGAAGAUUUUCAGCACUUCCCCACGUAAAGAAUUCAUAGAAGGAGAUUUGAAUGCGUUUGUGGACCAGUUUUACAAAAAGUACCAACCUUUCAAGAUUAGUUUUGCAAAAGACAGAUGUGGAAACCCGCCUAAGUUUAGUUUCAAAAAGAAAGCGUCAAAUUUCCAAGGAUCGACUUAUCAGCAAUAUCAACACUUACUUCAUGGAAGUGUUAACAAACGUGGGAAAAACAAGCUGAGAAACAGUAGACUGGAAGAAUAUGAUGAGGCAACUAGAAUGCAAGAGCAUGAUAGCUUCAUGGAAGAUACCAUAAACCAAGAGGCUGCGAUGGUCUUUGGAAUCAUUAGCAAUUCUGAGGUGAAACCAGGCUCUGAAACUGAAAGUAAGGAAUCAGAAGUAGUUGUUGAAGAUGCAACUGAAACAAAAGAAACUGAGGAUGCAAAACUGAAAACAGCUGAUGCAGCAAUCACUAAUAACAAAAUCGAAGUCGCGGGCCAAGUAGUUGAUGCUGAUGCUGACGAUGAAGAUGACCUUGAUGACGAUGAAGAUGAUGACGAUGAAGUCUCUAUAAUCAUUGGAUCAGAUGACACCUUGAGUAAUGCUCCAAAAGAAAACCUUUCCAAAGACAAGAAGUCAGGGCGUAACAAGAAGUCUCACAGUCGUCUAAAUGGAUACGACAAAGUCUAUCACAGCAACUUCAAUUCGUCAGAGUCUUCAAUAAGAAGAUCAUCAAGAAAUUCGUCUAAUAUCUCGUUGAACUCCAGCUAUUCCAAAUACUCACAGCCCCCACCCCCAACCCAACAACCCUACAAAUUUGCAUCUUCUCCAUACGUCCAGCAACAGCAAGUUUACUAUAUGCCUAGCCCUGGAGGACACCCCAACGCAAGGCCGUAUGGUGGUUAUGGAUAUUCCGUGCCUAAUAAUGGCUACUUUCCUCAGCAGUAUUAUGUUCCCCAUCCACAUUCCCAUCCUCAUCACCAGCCACGUCAGCACUACGGACAUCCUCAGAGCAAAACCCAGUUUUCUACUUCGGGAUCUCAAGUGAUGGCACAAUAUUUGGCAAAGUCUCAACAUGACAAUAUGAUCUAUGCAGCUUCCGUGAUGUCCAACGAUAUUGGUGCCGAUGAUGAUAUUGAUUUGUCUGAGUUUCAUUCCAUUCCCAAUGAGCAACCUCAGAAACCAAGAACGCGUAAGGUAAGAAAAUGA